GUACAGUCGUACUACGACUCCCAGAACGUUAACCGAACCAGGUAGAGGUGUUGAAAGCGUGGAGCAAAAAGGGCUCGGAGUUCGUUAUAUACACUUUCGCCUCUCCACACCCCAAAUACCAUAUCCUCUGCCCGCUGCCUGCGCAAGCCCAACCUACCGCUGCACACUGCUCACCAGUCACCACAGCACAACUGAGAGAGUGGAGAAGCGGAAAUCAGUGGAGGCUGCGAGAAGAGAAGAGAAGAGAAGCGAAGGGAGCACACGCGCGGCAGGGCUUGGGGCUCGCCAUAUGCUGCUCUAGCAGCAGCAGUUGAGCGAAGGGAAUAAUUAAUGGCGGCCGUGGUGGCGGCCGUGGAGGCCGGGGUGGUGGCGGUGGCGAGCGGGCGGAGCAGCAAGCUGGUGCGGAGCCUCUACUGGCGCCUGCGCGCCGGGAUCCGCCGCCUGAAGUCGCCGGACCGGCGGCGCAGGUGGCGCGGGCGGGAGCGCUUCAGCUUCCACUACGACGCGCUCAGCUACGCCCUCAACUUCGACGAAGGCCGCGCUGGCGCAGACUUCGCCCUAGUAUGAUACGUAUUGGCGUAGCUAGGGGAGGGAUUUGUGUGCGUGUGCUUCGUGGUGCUUUUUAAUUAGGAGAGAUCGAAGAUCGAGCUGCUAUUUCUUUUGGAGGCGAACUGGAUUGAAGAACAAUCUCCGAUUCUCUGUAGCUAGCUAGCUCUGGCCUAGUACUGUGCUAACGCUUUCUUGUUGCUUGGAAUUGGAACGCCAUCAUUUGCAGGGGUCGUUCUUCUUUACAUAAUUGCAUUUGGUGCUUGCUGUUCGUAUACAGAGGCUGCACA